UCUGUCUCUCUCUCUCUCUCUCUCUCUCUCGCUCUCACGCAUGCACGCACACCCACACUCACUCACUGGUAGUGAUGGUGGUGGAGGGGAGAAGGAAAACUGUUCUGUGAUAACUGCGGUGUCCGAUAACCGCCAGGAAAGAGGCAACGGUCCUGAGUCUACACUUCACUGGCUACUGUUUCCUGAACCCCAUUCUUCUAUUUUCAGGGGGGAAAAUACACGCAGCAACACUGGAGGCGACCGAAUCCUUAGUGAAUCACGUAGAUAGUGUAGCUGUGCUUGUGACCUUCGGCAGUGCGAUGGAGCUGGAGCAUUUCGACGAGCGGGAUAAGGCGCAGCGGAACAGCCGAGGAGGGAGCAGGCUGAACGGGGUGACCAGCCCUACACACAGCGCCCACUGCAGCCUCUACCGUUCCCGGACACUCAAGAACCUCAGCUCAGAGAAGAAGGCCAAGAAGGUCCGCUUCUACCGCAACGGGGACCGCUACUUUAACGGGAUAGUGUACGCCAUCUCAGUGGAGCGGUUCCGGUCGUUUGACGCGCUGCUGGUGGACCUAACCCGCUCGCUGUCUGAUAAUGUGAAUCUGCCGCAGGGCGUCAGGACCAUUUACUCCGCGGACGGAACCAAAAAGAUCACCAGCACCGAUCAACUGCUAGAGGGCGAGAGCUACGUGUGUGGCUCCAUCGAGGUCUUCAAGAAGCUCGACUACACCAAGAACGUCAACCCCAACUGGUCUGUGAACGUCAAAGCUUCGUCUGCGGCGGCCGCCCGCGGGCCUCCUUCCCUGGGCAGCUCCAAGUCCGGACCUCCAGACACCCGGGACCAGGGGGUGAAGGAUUUCAUCCGGCCCAAGCUGGUGACGGUGGUGCGGAGCGGGGUGAAGCCCAGGAAGGCUGUACGAAUACUCCUCAAUAAGAAGACGGCCCAUUCAUACGAACAGGUCCUCAACGACAUCACGGAGGCCGUCAAACUGGACUCUGGAGUGGUGAAGAGGGUCUAUACACUGGAUGGAAAACAGGUGACGUGUCUCCAGGACUUCUUCGGUGACGAGGACAUCUUCGUAGCGUGUGGACCGGAGAAAUACCGUUACCAAGAUGACUUCCAGCUGGAGGAGAGCGAGUGUCGUGUGAUGAAGUCAGUGGUCUUUGGUAAAAUGUCCGCCCCUGUGACCAGCCGUGGUUCUCCGCGCUCCAUGGGCCUGUCUAGAGGCAGCAAGUCCCCCGCAGGAUCCGUAAACGGGAAUCCGACCAGUCACCUGUCCACUCCUUGCUCGGGGAAAUCUCCCAGCCCCUCCCCUUCCAGCCCUGCUACAGACCUCAGACCUAGCAGGGAGAAGAACAAGGCCCAGUCUACAGCCUAGAGUCAAACUCCAAAUCCCACAAUCCUUAGCGUCUCAGAAGGUUUCCGACCCUUGGCCUGUCAUGCUGCUUCGGGAAGUCUGGAAAUACUCGAUCCCAUGUUAAAAAUCCAAUGAUGUAGUUCCAUUUUUCCAUGAAUGUUCCUUUCUGUAGUGAUUAUGUGUCAGUAUUCUCUUAACGUUGUAUCAUGGAGUAUCCUCUGCCUUUGGUAUUCUCAUAGUCAGUGGGUGUGUCUCAAAUUAUAUCCUAGUCACUACAUAGUGCACUACUUAUGUCCACUCAUUACCUAUAGAUACACAUUAAAAUAAAAAAUAAAAACUUGCUGUAUAUCCAGAUAGUGGUGAAAGGUCGUGCACUAUGUAGGGAGUAAGGGGUCAUGUGAUAUGUAGCCAUGGAUACUGUACAGGGUAUGUUGACUGAAGCUGAAAGCUAGACACCAGGGCUGGGGGUAAUUCCAACUUAAAGGAGGUCAAUUUAAAGGCAGUACACUUUUGAACUAAACAGCUUCUACUCCCUCAGUUCAUUGAGAAGUCAUUGAAAAUAUAUGCACUUUUUUCAAAAUGUUUAAAUUGUCUUUAAAGUUUACUUCCUGAAUUGACAUUAUUUAAUUGGAAUUGACCCCCAGCCCUGCUAGACUCUAAUACUGUACUGGAAGAUACUGUAACAAGAGCAUGCAACUCAAGUGGAAGAUGAUUGAGUCCCAAAAUAACCCCCUAUCCCCUAGAUGACUCAAUCCUUUAAAUAACAUUGUACCCCACUUGGGUCCUGGUCAAAAGUAGUAUUAAAAUAUAUACCGUCUAGCUCUGACCAUAACAAUUAGUUCAUUAGGAUGACUCUCGUCUCCACUCCUGUCCUCUCGUCUCCUCUCGUCUCCUCUCCUCUCAUCUCGCCUGUCCUCUCCAGUAUAGUAACACUGUCAGUAACAGUGUAUUAUACAUUCAAAGACCAUCUGCUCUAUAAGGUCGCGCCUGGGUCUUAAGGUCGCGCCGGGGUCUUAAGGUCGC